GUAACGUUGAACUUUUCAUGGCCAAGGCAAUUACUAAUAUUCUACAAGCACUGGAAGACGAAGCACUGCAGAUUCCUGACAGGUGAAAACGUGUGCGCAUCAGGUCACUAGCGAUGAUAAGUACUUGCAAGGCUAUUCAUAUCUUUGAAAUGAGGUGGUCACCAUCAACGUUUUCCUGGUCUUGUUUGAAACCACCAGGAUUCGAUUUGAUAGAAGUAUCCGUCGUUAGCCCUCUGGUUGAAGAAGCUGUUGUGCAGUAUACGUUGGAAAAUCCCAAUUAUUUGUUGGAUGUAGUGGAUACCAUAAAAGGCCUAUCUGCAGGGAGACCUGGCAACUUAGUUGGCAAAUAUUGGGAGAAGCUGAUAUUUAGCAAUCUCAAGGAAUGUGUGAAAAAUGAGUAUUCCUUCAAGGAAGAGGCAUGUAGUUCCACUGCUGCUAGCUCCUACUUAAAUUUGUGUGGACAUCAAAGCAAAACAGAUACGAGAAAAUCGAUAGAACAGAUAAUUAGAGAUAAAUAUAGUGCAAUGAUAGUCCAUUGUCCUAAUACCAGCGCCUUUGACUUUGUCAUCGUUCAUAAAUGCAACAAAAUUCAUGCCAUUCAGGUAACCGUUCAAACCGCUGCGAAGAAAUGUAACGACAGUGACUUUUUCAAGACUCAAAAUAUUCACUUUACGUAUUUACUAGCGCCUUAUAAGGUCGACGUCAACGCUAUUAAAUUGAAAUCAAAGUUAUAUGAUGCAUAUGUGGCGCAUGGUUCGCGAAUUGUAAAUGGAGCCAGUUUCCUAACUCAGAAAUAAUUGAGUACUUAUUGAGUAAUCGAUCUUUGUUUAUGCAAAGUUUCAAAACUUUUCUAUAAGUCCCAAACUACCUUAAAAUAUAUGCAUUAAUAUAUAUAUAUA